AUGCCAUUUGAAUAUGAUAUAAAAAAACGAAAAAAAAAAAAAAAAAAAAAAUAUAUAUUUGAAGAAAAUAGUAUUGAUGAUGAAUUUCUUGGGAUAUCCGAACUAUUUAAGGAUAACGACAAUGAAAUAAAUGAUAACAAUAAUGAAGAGGAGGAAAGUGAGAAUACAGAAACUAGCGAAGAUAAUGACGAUGAGGAUAUCAAAUACAAAGAAAACUAUGUAAGAAAUAAAAAUAGUUGGAAAGGAGGUGAAUAUAAUAAUUCAAAAGAUGAAAGUUACAAACAUGACCCAAAUGUAGAGGACCAAGAAAAAGAACUAAAAGACCAAGAUGAAAUGAAGAAAAAUAAAAAUGAUACAAAAUAUAAUUUAUUUAUAAGUAAAAAUUAUAUUAAAACUAUUGGAUUAUUAUAUAACAUAACAAAUGAUAAAAUAAUGUUUGAAAAUGAUGCAUGUUUUGAACAAAUAUCUAAUAUUAUAGAAUUACGAAUUAAACAAAUUAUUGAAGAGGCAAGUAAAUUUUAUGAAAAAAGAAAACGGUUUUGUGUAAAUAAAUAUUUAAAUAUAAAUGAUUUAACAAAUUCUUGUAAUUAUUUAAAUGUAAAAAUUCCUUAUAAAUAUAAAAGUAGUAUCUAUAAUCCUAAUUUUAUAUCGCUAGAUAAAAAUUAUAAAAAUAAUAAAACAUUGUAUAGACUAAUUAAUAAACAAGAAUAUAAACAUAAUAAUAAAAAAUCUACAAAAAAACAUAAAAAUACACAUUUACAAAAAUUAAAAAAAAAAAGAAAAAGUUCAAAUUUGAAAUUAAGUACUGAUAAUAUAUUUAAAGACUGGACAAAUAGUGAUCACAAUAAAGCACAUUUUUAUAAAGAAUUUCCUGAUUUAAAGAAAGAAAAAAGUGAUAAUAUUGAUAAAGAAAAUUUUAUAAAAAAAAAAAAUUUAAGUGAUAAUGAUAAAUCAGAAAAUGAAAGAAAAGAAUUAAGUUAUAAUUUUGAUGAGAAUGAAGAUGAUAGAGAAGUAUCUUUCCCUGAUGGGGAAGGCUGUGCCGAAGUGAUAGAUAACAUAGAGGCAGACAUUGGCUCUGAUUUAGAUGUAGAGUUAGAUGUCCCACAGAAAGAAAAUGACAGUGAUAAUGGUGAGAAAAAUAUUGAUCCAUCAUUGAUAUCAUAUGAAAUAGAUAUCAAUGAUAUAAAAAUUGAUGAUGAUGACGAUGAUGAUAAUAUAAAUAACUUGUCAAAAAUAGAACAAAAAGAAUCUUUUGAAAAUGAAGAGGUUAAGGAGCAGGCUGGUAUUGAUGCUUCAAAAACUGAGUUGCAAAAUAAUAUUGAAUUAAACAAAGAUAAAGAUAUGAAUUUCGAUUUGUUCGAAAUACAAAAAAUGAGUGAAGAAAAUAAAGUUGUAGAUUCAGAUGACGAGAUAAAUAUUGAAGAAAAUAAUUUAUUGCAUGAUUGGUAUGUUAAAAAAAAUGAGAAUAAUAAAAAGAAUGUUUUAAAUGUGUUGUUUAGUGAUAUGCAAAAUGUUUUACCUUUGGAAGAAAAUUUGACUGUAUUUUGGCUGUUUAUACAAAAUCAAUAUAAAAAAAAAAAAAAAAAAGACAAAAUGAAUAAAAAUGAUGAAGAAAUAGACGAAACAGUAGAAAAUAAACAUAAUAAAGUAAUACACUUUGAUUAUCAAUGUUAUGAAAUAUUAUAUACAAUUGAAAAAAGAGAAGAUAAUUUAUAUCAGAAAAGUGUCAACAGAGAUAAGGAAAGGGUAUAUAAUAACUAUAUGAAAUUUAAAGGAGAUAUUGGAAAUAGUUAUACAAAUUUUGAUCAAGUAAAAUGUGAUAAUUCUUCAUAUUAUAACGAAGGGAAUAUAUUUUUACUUCCUAAACUUCGUCCAAUAAAUAAAGAAUAUACAAUAUUGUUAAAAUAUAUAUUAGAAAUAAUAAAAGAUAUAAUAAAUUAUAAAACUAACUUUUUUGAUUAUAAUAAUAUAUUACACAUAUUUAGUACAUCAAAAGAAAUAAAUAAAAUAUUACCAAAUAUAUUAUUUUUUUUGUUUAAUGAGUUAGAUCAUAAUUUAAGAUUUAACAAUAUAUAUUCAGGGUUAAUGUUAUUAAUAUUAUUAAAUGGUAUAAUAAAAAAUCGAAAUAUAGAUAUAGAUUUUUAUUGUUUACAAAUUUUAAAAAUGUUAAUUCAUGUAAUAAUAUAUGAACAUGAUUUAAAAUUAAAAAAUAUAUAUUUAAUUUUAUUAUUUAAAAGAAAAGCUUGUGAUAUAAUAAUUGAUUUUUGUUCCUUAUUACGAAUCAAAAAUAAUAACGAAAUUAUAAAUAUAGAUUAUUAUUUGGCAUAUAUUUUAAGUAAAUUAUUAACACAUAAUAAAUGUACAUAUAUGCAUAUAUAUGUAUCAUAUUAUUUAAUUUAUUUAAUGCCAAUUAAUAUUCAUAUCAAGUUUUUUUUAUCUUAUACACCAAAUUUUUUGUCAAUAUUUUUCAGAAAAUAUUUAUAUUAUCAAAAUGUUUAUAAUAUCUUAUUGUCUUAUGAGCAGAAAGAAAUUAGCGAAUUAUUUAAUUUUUUCUUUUUUCAUAUUUACACAUUAAUACAAGGAUCGCUUUAUAAAAUAUUUAAACAUCUUGGAAUUCUGAUUUUUAAUUCAUCAUCAUCAGUAUAUUUAAAUUAUUUAAUGAAUUUUAUAGCAGAAUAUGCCGAUUAUCAUUUACCACUAAUUUUGUCAAUUACAAAUGUUUUAGGGGAUAAUAUAGAAGAAGAUGAAAGCACUACUAAUUAUAGUGAGUCAGAAUCGAAUAGUAGUAUUGACAGUGAUUGGGGUGAUAGAAAAGGUAUGAUGUUUUAUAAUACUAAUGGAGUUAAUAAUUUAUUGUUUAAAAAAAUGAAUAAAAUAAAAAAUAAAAUAAAUAUUAAAAAUGAAAUAAAAAAAAAAAAUGAUAAAAUUGGGGGAAAAAAAAAAAAAAAUAUAUUUGAUAUAAGUACUAUAAAAAUGUAUGAUUUAAAAAAAAAUUCACAUAAUUUAUCAAAAAAUAAAAAUUAUUUAAAAAAUAUAAAUAAAUUAUAUAAUUUGUAUUUACAAAGUGAGAAAAAUAAUGAUAACUAUUCAAUAGACGAUUAUGGAAAUGAUGAAAAUUUAAGCUUAAAUAUAAAUAUGAAAGAAAAAAAAGCAUAUCUUAGUUCUUAUAUUAAAAAAAGAAUAUUAUUAAACAAGGAACUUAUACUACGAGUAUCCGAAGAAAAGGAAUUGCAAACAAAUAUUGUAGUUAAUCAAGUUUUGAGCAACAUUUUGUAUAAUUUAAAUGCAACAGAACGUCAUAAAACGAAAUCACAUAUACGAUCCUCUAACGCUAAUUUGUAUGAUUCGUAUUAUUAUUUUUUGUAUACCUUGUGA